UAAAAAAAUUAAACAGCACCCUUAAACCAAAUGGAGCAUAAAAACGAAAAGCUUGACUUGUUCUGCUCAGCUCUCAAAGAGUAUGUCAGUGGAGAAGAGUUCGGAGAUGUUGACCAGGAGAAAUAUGAAGAGAUGUUCGAGCAUGUCCCAUACAAGAACAGACAAUGGGCUGGAGAUGCCAUCCUAGAUACUCUCUUCGAAGCUGCUGGAGAGAAAAUGACUGAUGAUGGAGACAAAGAGAUCCUUGAGAAGCUUAAAGGACUUGUAAAGACCUAUGAGCAUGAAGCUAAGGACCCAGCCUCUUCAGUCCAGGAGACACUGUUCUUCCCAAGCGAAGACAAUGUCCAGACUCUGUGUGAGUACAUCAUGACUGCCAAGAGAAAUCUUAGGAUAUGUGUCUUCACUUUGACUAACAAUGAUAUUGCUAGAGCUGUACUUAACAGACAUAAUGAAGGAGUAAAGGUACAAAUGAUCUCGGAUGAUGAAUGUGCUAAGGCCAAGGGAAGCGACAUCGAGUAUCUCGCUAGCAAGGGAAUUGACAUCAGAACCGAUAACUCAGAGAGAAACCACAUGCACAACAAAUUCUGCAUCAUCGAUAACGAUGUUCUCUUAACAGGAUCCUUCAACUGGACAGUCCAAGCUGGUAAAGGAAAUCAAGAAAAUAUCUUGAUCACUGACCAACCCUUCUACAUCCAUGAGUACAAGGAAGAGUUCAAGAGACUCUGGGCUGAGUUCUCCGAUAACGAGGUCGAAGUUGACCAGCAUCGUAGCAGAGGAAAGAAAAGAUACAGCAGAAAGAAGGCCAAGUGGAACAACCAUAACUAGAUCCAUGUUUCAAUUA